GUUUGGUCUUCGGCGUUUCUUUAGCGCGCGGUUGUCGGCCACAACGAGAACAAAACGAGGAAAUAUUGAAUUUGUUUCCGCUUCUAAAGGAAGCUAGGGCGAAUACAAGAUUCCGUCAGAUGUGCGGGCGGUUUGGAGUUUUCAGGUAGGUUUCAUGAAUGAGUUAUAACGUAAUUAUCUGAUCGAAGUGGGUCGAACAGUAAACACCGCUUCAAAAUCCCCUCUGGUUUUUAAUAAGCAGGAACUUUACCGAGGAGCUUUACCGAGAGAUGAAAACUGAGUUCCAUAGAGAAGACAACUGAAUUUCCAGACACUUUGUGAAGGAAAAGGGUAAAGAAACUGAUGUAUAGGCUCAUUUCCAUUCGUUUGAUUGUGCUCAGUUGAUAUCGGCGUCGAAAUUCCAUUUAGACGGGAAAGAAAACCGAUUAACAAAGGAUUUUAAAGAUAUUAAGUUUUAUUUGGAGGGAGUUUUGCACACUUGCGUUCAAGCCUAAAUAUUGUCGGCAGAAGGAGCUUUACAGGCGGGAGGAACCCUCGGCUCACUUUCACUUUCACAAAGCGGGUAUACAGACCGAAAAAAGCGCUGUUUUCGAGGUGUUUGUUCACAGGAAAAUCUUUUUUAUGACCGUGCUUUGCUUUCCAUCCGGAUAGGCACUAGAAAAGCAUGAAUUCAUCUUUUGAAAAACCCGUAAACAUUUAAGAAAUACUUUUUCUAGUAUAAUAAAGACAAUAAAUGAUAGCAAAAUCCAAAUGGGUCACUUUUUGCCCACAUGACAGCUGUCUAGAUCUCCUCCUUCAUGUAAAUACUGCGUCACGCAAAAACCUUAGAAAUUCAAGCCGUGCUCUAUCACAAAACUAAGAGCCCUAUCGGCGAGAAAAUUUUGUAUAAAUGUUAGUAUUAAGCAGCUCUAAUACCUUAUGAAAGUAGAAACUCAAUGGAAUAGAUAAUUCAUAUUUAGUUUUGAAUUUUGAUGACGUCAUGUGAACCAGCAAUAGACUGAUUGAAAAAUGUCCCAUUCUUGUUAAACUGUAAAGAGGAAUAAACUGUUUCAAAAUGGCUACAGCCAUACUGAUAAAAAAAAAAUGCAUUCUAUAAAUUUUGCUUAUUUUUAUCUGCCUUUAUGGUUUGGUUAGCUGUGUGACCAUCGGCCUUGAUUUUUGCUGAUUAAUUCGCGCUGCUCAGGAAUGUUCCAAAGUUGCAAUCGGAUGUCCCGAAGUUGCUUCGGAAUUAAUUCUGUGAUUUAUUCUUUUAGCGGAAAGAAAUAGUUAUGAGGAAGUAUUACUUCUGGAAGAAAUAAAGAAUAAAUAAUUAUUAUUUCUGGCUUGCCCAGGGUUUGAACCCGCUUACGUGUGACCCGCCAUAUCAGACGGAUUAGCUGACAGCGCCAUUAUAACGCAAGGUAAUUUGAGAUGUAAAAAAUAGCGAUAAGUUAUACACGAAAUGCGAGAAAAGAGUUUACGGAAUGAGUUGGAGAUAUCGCGAGAUCACUUCUAGUUCUUUCGGUUAGAAUAAAUAUUUGGGGCGGAGCGCAAAGUAUUAAAGGAUUUGCGACGCUGAAGUAUCAGUAGAAUGUCAUAAACUUGCAGUUUGCUUCCCAAGUGAGGCCGGAAGUUGUUCGAGAUACCUCGAAAUCGGUUUUAAGAGACUUAAGAAAGUCAAGAUUACACAAGUUACAUGCUGUCAUGGAAAAAAUUUGGGGGACAGAAAUGUGUAUAACGAUAGAGUGAUUACUGGAGAUUAUUGCAGCAAGAUUGAUUGAUUCGAAAGAGGAAGAUCGAGGAAGUGGCAAGGUCGACGGGGGUGGGUAUGCGCCGCCCAGGACUCCAAAUUGGCACCCCGUUCUAAAAAAAAUUUCCCCUAAAAUUGAUACCCCGUUCUACAAAUGGGCCAAUUUUUUGUAUCCCGUUCUAGAAUUCGCCCUAAAACUGAUACCCCGUUCCAGAAAUGGGCCGUAAGCUAACGAUUUUCCUUCUCCUCCACCGUCCCUUUCUUUUGAGCCUGUCUCCAUCUCCCUUGGGUACAUUAUGGACUCGUUCCUUGCGCCUAUUUAUCCAAGAUGGUGGAGUCAGGGCUCGCGGCUCGCACCACAAUACGCCCGCCCUGCACGCUAAAACACAGGGUGCAACAACGGCACUACAGUUUGCUUGUUAACGCAUUGAACCGUAUUUUUAAAAGCAAUCUGUCCUUGAAUAAUUUCAAAUGGCUGCUUACAAAACUGGAGCUUUCGUGCGUUCGAAAUAUUAUACCCCGUUCUAGAAAACGCCUCUGAAAUGGAUACCCCGUUCUAAAUCACGAGCUUCAAAAUCACGACCCCGUUGGGCGGCACAUACCCGUAUAGGUAAUGUAUGGGAGUACCCCCCGGUCGUUUGCGUUGCGUGUAGACGAACCGAUUCGGACUGAGCGAUAGAUUGUCAUCAAGGAGAAGCAAAAAGCAGUUUCCGUGAUUUGUAACGGUUCAUUGUUCUUUCUCUGGUUUUGUUUGGAAGAGUAGGUGUUUUUAUACUUGUUUUUCUAUUACGUUUUAUUGCUUUUCAUUUAAUAAUUUCUUAAAGCUUAUGAUGCGAUGUUGUAUUUGAAUUAUCAUCGGAGAGGAGAUUGUGCAUUUUCAGCAAGUUUUGUAAAGGAGUGUACUGAUGUUAGUUACGUUGCUAGAGAAGGUGUGGAGUCAACAGUACAUAAGGAAAGUGUUGUUGUAGAGGAAAUAAAAGAAGUGGAACUGAGAUCUUGUCGUGUGCAAUUUAUUUAUGACAGAAAUUAUAAUCGACACGCGGCCUUACACCUAGACCACUUCCGUUGAAGAAGCCAAGACGUCUUGUUACUCAAAGGAGAAAAGUAGGGGGUAUUUGUACGGAAGGGUAUCCGGAAAAAUAUCAGUUCUUACUAUUCCUCGGCAUUCACAAUUAAUUCCACAAGCACGGCGCCGAACUGCUCGCUCCCAUAGCGUCUUGUUUGUAUUUUAAACUUCGUAAUUAACGGAAACGAUGCAAAAUCAUCAAAAAUACGGUAAAGUUGCGGCGUUAAGAGGCCUCGUUCAUCCUCGAAAUUCGCUGGGAAAUUGUACUGUACCAGUUUACUAGCUUUUGUUCGAAGCUCAGUUUUCAGGAUAAAUGGAAGGACUGAAAGAUAACGAUGAAUAGACAGAGUACCAUUGAACAAGUCAGUGACAAGUUACCUUAAAAUAGAACGUUCGUUUGAACAUUCAAAGCUAAGAAACCUUGACUGAGAGUCUGAACAGCUUUCUGAAUGCUAAAUAUCAACGCAACAUGUUCAACUCUUCCCCCUAGGAAACUGAGUAAGUCUAACAGAUCCCCGGCUUUGACGCAGCCCUACUCUAGACAAGAAGCAUCUCGUAUCAGACGAUUUUCCCUUCUUUGUUGAAACUGCAGCGUCCGUAACACAGAGCAAGAUACUCACGAGGAAAGAUUACGAACGAUGAGUGAAGGAUUGAUUAAACUACAGUUGGCUGUACCCCAAGGCCCACAAUUUGGUGCAACGAGUGCGGAUAAGGACGAGAAAGACCAAGAAGGCAUACUAGGCACUGAAGACAUGCAAAAACAAUGAGCAACUAAACAAAUUUAAUUACUUACUAAGGAUGUCAGAAAAAAAUAAAGGAGAAAUUUUAACUCUGGGAGAGCAUACGAACUACUCGGCUCAAGAAAAAGGCAAACAUCAAAGGCAAGCGGGAACAAAUCAGCAAGUUAAAAGCGGCAAGUUAAUGGAAGAAGGAAGUCGAGAUUGCGAACUUCAAAGUCAAGUAGAAAAAGGUCAGUUUGAACUGACAGCAACCGGGGAAUCCGCUCUUAAUCAAGACGAGCAUCAAGAAGAGCUAGAACAAAAUCAGUAUGAAUGGGCAGAGAAGAGAGGAGAACAACACGAUUUGGGGGAAAUUACAACACGAUUAACUGCAUUUAAAAGAAAAGGUGAGCUAUUAAGAGGAGACAACCAAGAACGAGUUUCACAUUUGCAAAGUCGGUUAGAAAUCAUCCGGCAAGAGUUUCUAAUCAUGAGAGAACAGACGAAUGAACUUGAAAUUCAAAGUGAACGUCUGAGAUGGGAGCAUAAACGAGUUAUUCAGCUGCAGAGUCUAUUAGAUACAAACGGACUCGAAUUGGCAGCAAUGAGAGAAGAACUGAUUGAAUUUCAUAAACAGGAAGAAACACUGAGAGAAAAACAACAGCGAGUUACUGAACUGCAAAGUCAACUUAAGGAAAACGAGAAUGAAUGGGCAGUAAUUAUGGAACAACUAAAUAGAUAUCAAGGACAAAAAGAACAA